AUGAGCAGGGCUUGGUCAUGCUUGCUGCAAGCAUGGGCUUGCUGUUGGGCCUACAUCCACAGCUUCUUUGAUGCCACGCUCGUUUUUCUUUUCGUGUUGACGAUCUUCCGGCCGAAUGGGCUUUCAUGUUUGAUGAAUUUGCUGGUCUUGGGAGCUCAUUACGGUUUAGCAGACCCAGAAAGCUGUAAACAACGACUACAACGGGCGACGUUCGCUGCAUCGUGCCUGUCCGGGGCAAUAUUCUUGGAGUUGAGAAGCAGUGGCGAUGCCUGGGUACCACGAACGCGCGGAGCUGCAUGGUUGUCGCUUGCAGCAGGUAUUUUCUGCUUGCAGGCAUUGGCACCUCCCAGUGCCAAGCCACACGACUCCGAGACUUUGGCGGGUGUCGUGCAUCGAGUUUGGACACGACUUGCCCGCAUGCGGACGCUUUUGCAAGCUGCGGAGAACAGCAGAUGUGGUGUGCCAGCACGAGCUGCAAAGACCUUAGGUGUUGAGCAUGUAGCCACUUGGACACGAUGCAAACCUGGUGACACUGGAGAUGAACAGCGGAGCUCACCGCGGUUGCUGCCGCUCCGAUCACAGGCUCGGUGCCAGCUCGACGAAUCCGGAAGUAAGGCACAACAUCAAGACAGGAUCCACCAAUGCAAGGACAGGAUCUCCGUGGGGUGCGUGACCUUGCUUUGGCACUGGUUCUGGGAAGGUGUCCCUGCAGCCCAGAUGGCAGAAAGGAAUCAUGAUGCGUCUAAGUCUCUGCUGCAUUUGCAGCAGGCUCAACACACCAACGACAGCAUCUGCCGACAGGCAAUACAUAAAGUUCCUGCUCAAGCUGCUCAAAGGGUACGAGAUCUACCUUCGGGAUCAUGGGCGAUGCAUAGCAAGCAACAUGCGAUCUCCACUUUCCGCCUCAGGCCAGUGCGUGAUGCAGUUAUUCCAGACAACUCAAUGUCGGUAAAGGGGACAAAGGAAGAUUUGCCCGGCCAUAUUUCGCGACGUCAAAAAGAGAAUCUUCAUCCCCUACGCAAAGGGCUGCCAGCGCGUUCUUCAAAAGGGAUGCCUGGCCAUCUAUUUCCCGGGACCAGUGCUGACAGCAAAACUGGUUCCCAAGGUAUCCCUGCCCCUGCCAUCAAUGAUUCGGCGACGCUUGCCGUCUCUACUUGCUCUGGCGCCGACGAGACGAGCGCAGGCACGAGACCCAAGACGCAGGAUGCAAUCUGGAGCCGGAGCGAGCAUGUGCGUGAGCCGCUUUUGGCCCUCAACGAGAACAACAAUGUCCAGAGUUCAGGGCUCGCUGGGAAGCAGGCUGCAGCCGUGUGA